UGCUCAUAUUUUUAUUUGUUUUUGCCCCUUAUACUCUCAUUCCUUAGUUUUUGACAAUUUACUUGUGCUUUUACUGAAUUUUUCCCCUAUAUAUACUCUGUCCCAACAUAAACAAGUCACUUUCAUUUUUGAAAUGUCCCACCACAAGUGAGCCUUUACCCUUUUUAGCAAAAAAUAUAGGAGUAACUUUUAUAGUACUUGAUUCUACCAACUACUAUAUUCUCUCCGCUCUACUUUUUUCUAUCAUACCAUACUCUUUCUCCUCUAAACUCUUUAAAUAUUAAUUUCUUAAACCUCGUGCCCAAAAGAGUGCCUAGCUUAUGGCGGAUUGGGGGAGUAUACUUUACAUUAUUUUUUAAUUUUUGUGUGAAAAAGAAGAAAAGUAAAGAAAAUAUAAAGUAUGGGCCACAGGUGUAUAGAUUUAGGUAUGGAGGUAACAAAAGUGUGAAUUAAAAAAAAGGGUAAAAGUACAAGGGGUGAAGUUUGUCCAGUUGCAUCCACUAUUUUCCCGUAAAAGAGCAUGAGCUAUUUCUAUUUCUAUUUAUCUACUAGUAUUAUACUAUUAUGAUUAGUCCAAAAAUAUACGAGUUUGGAGGUAUGACGUUCGCUUUUCAGUCCUAUCUAAAAUGGGUCCAAUUUUAUUGAGUCUUAGUUUGUUUAGGAAAAGUAUGCAUGCAAGUAAUAAGAAAACAAGAGGACUGAACAUAAAAGUCAAUAUUAUGAGAUUGUAAAAGUUGAAAGUUAGAAAUUGAUGGUAUUGCUGGGGUUUCAGCUGGGACAUAUGGUUUGAGAGUUCGAAGGGGCCAUCCAAGGGGAAGACGCGCGAAUUGCGAGCUCGAUUGAAGAAACUUUGCCACAACGUUCACCCACGCCGAUCCUCCAUCCUCAAGCUCAACAACAAUGCCUCUCCCAAUCACAAUCACCAUCACUCCUUUCCCAAGCUAUCUGCCAAAAAGUUUCUUAGUAAAGCACUGAAGAAGAAACCUAAACCUAGCAGCGAACUCAUACCUGAUCCUAGGGAGUUCAAUGACGAGGAGGAGAAGGAGAUGCAAAUGGAGGUGGAGGUGGAGGUGGACAUGGAUACGGACACUGAUAAAGAAAUGAAGAAGGAGAAGGUUAAGGAGAUGGAGAUGAAGAUGAAGAUGGAGAUGGAGAAGGAGCUGGAAAGGGAGAGGGAGAGGGAGAUGAAGGAGGAAAAGGUAAAGGAGAUAGAGAAGACAAUGGAGAUGGAGAUGGAGAUAGAGAGGGAGAGGGAGAGAGAGAGGGUGAGGCAGAUGGAGAAUGAGAAGGAGAAGGCUCUAGAGAUGGAGAUGGAGCAGAAGGGAAGAAAUAGCGUUGGCAAGGAAAAAAAAGAAAAAACUAGAGAAAAGAAGGAGAAAAAUCUCCGGCAUAAGGAGAAAGAUGCAGAGCCAAAGGAGAGCAAUGACGAUGAGGAAAAUGCCAAGGAUAAGGAGAAGGAGAAGGAGAAGAAAAAUAGUGAGCGUAAAAAGUUAAGGGAAAUAUUUUUUCUUAAGGAAAAAAAGGAGAAAAAGCUUCGACAGAAGGAAGAAGAUGGUGAGCGCAAUGACAAUGAGGAGGAGAAGGAGAAACACGUCGAGCCCAAGGAGAGCAAUGAAGAUGAGGAAAAUUACACGGGCAAGGAGAAGAAAAUUAGUGAGCACAAAAAGAUAAAAGAACUAUUUUUUCCAAAGGAAAAGAAGGAGAAAAAGCCACGACAAAAGGAAGAUGUUGAGCCCAAGGAGCACAAUGACAACGAGGAGGAGAAGGAGAAAGACGUUGAGCCCAAGGAGAGCAAUGAAGAUGAGGAAAAUGACAUGGGCAAUGAGAAGAAAAAUAGCGAGCACAAAAAUUUAAAAGAAAGAUUUUUUUCAAAGGACAAGAAGGAGAAAAAGCCCCGACAGAAGGAUGAAGAUGUUGAUGCCAAGGAGCGCAAUGGCGAUGAGGAGGAAAACGAGAGAUGUAGCACUCACAAAGACAAAAAAGAAGGUUUGUUUGGUAGGGCAAAAAAGGAGAUGAAACUUCGACACAAGGAGAAAGACAACGAGCUCAAAGAGAGCAAUGGCGAUGAUGAGAACACGCAGAAAAGUAGUGACCACAAAGAAAAAAAAGGAAAUUUCUUUCAUAGGCAAAAGAAGGAGAAAAAAGUCCGAAACAAGGAGAAAGAUGACGACGAGGAGAAGGAGAAGGAGAAGGAGAACGAGAACGAGAACGACGAAAAUAGUGAACACAAAGAAAAGAGUAAAGAAAAGGAGAAAAAAUUCCGACGGAAGGAUAAAAAAGGAGACAAAUAUAUGCAGUUGGAGCAAAUGGAAGAGCGCCAAUCCUUUGAAAAUUAGAUUCUUUGUUUUCCACUAUAGCAUAAUAUUUGUGGCAGGGAUAUAGAAAUUUAUUGAUUUUUUAUUUUUUAAUUUCUUUUUUUGGGGUGUU